UUUUUUUUUGGCGAUUUGGAUCGUCUCUUCUUCUACCUUUUUCUUUAUAGUUUUUUUUGGAUCCUCUUUAUUUUUUUCCCUUCAUAUUUAGCUGCUUGCUCACUCUCUCUCUCUGUGUGUGUAGUUGUUUUUACCACUCUUCAUGCUCGCAUAACGAGUAUCUGUUCUCUUCUUUCGUAGUCUCCUCCUUUUUUUUUCUUCAACUUAUUUUGUCUUAAUAAUCGGCGUUAUCUCUUGUGUCGUCAUGGAAGGAUAUGAUCCAGCUACUACCACCGUACCUCACAAAGCCUCCAGUAUCACCAGCACAACCAGCAACAGCAGUUGGGAUAAUCCGCCUUCGCUUUAUUCAGGUUCCAGUGUCCACGAAGACGCCGAAUCGCCUUAUAUACAUGAAACGUUACCUGACGAAGACUUUCAUCCAAAAAUAGCUAAUUGGGAUCAUUGCUCUCUGAUUAAGGAUAAGGAUCAAAAGCAAAUCUCUGAUUUUCUCGACUCUUUCUUUAUCGAAUCAACCAUGCCUAAGCAACAAAAACGAGACACGACGCACGCGGCACACAGCGAAAUGGUGGCCACAACAACGACGAUGGAAGACGAAACAUCACCUAUCUAUCUUUGCCAAAGCCAUCAGGUGGCCGUUCCUAUUAGUUCUUCAUGUCUUGUUCGAAAACGGACCAGUCAAGGCAUGCCAACCAAGCCGUCUCAUCCUCGAUACGAGCCUGAACCUGGUGAUGUGAUGGCAACGUCGCCUGUGCCUGCAUCCAACAGCAAAUCCCAUCAUCAAGCGCCUAAACAACGACGGGUCACACGAAACCGUGAUAUACUAACCGAUGAUGAACGACGCGCCAACCAUAUUGCUUCCGAACAAAAACGGCGUAAUUCCAUCCGUAAUGGUUUCAAGGAGAUGACUGAUAUCAUUCCUACGUUAAAAAAUAUCAACAACUCGAAAAGCACCAUUUUAUUCAAAGCAGUCGACUAUAUCCGGCACCUGGAAAAACGGAACCGCGGUUUGCGCGAGAAACUACGAUCGUUGCAGAUGCGUCACGAAGUCGAAAAGCGGAUGAUUCGUAACAACAACGUGAAUUGGUUUCAAAGACGUUGUUUAGCUCAAGAUUCACUGCAAGUCCAUGCAUCACCGACUAUGGCCAACAACGAAGGACUGCAUCCUUCCGCUAUGGCCGCCUUAAUGGCGCAUAAGAACCAACAAAACCAGCUGCAACUUUUACAACAACAACUACGUGUUCAGCAAGAAUUACUGACCAAACACAACAUCAAACCGACCUCAUCUGCUGCCCCGAUAUAUCAUUCUAUUUCCAUUCCUAUGUCUCAUGUAAAUAACUCACCGACGCAAUUACCUCCACUCAUGCCUACCAGCAAAGAAAAAUGGAUGGCCAAUGCCUUGAAUGCUCCCAGUCUCAAUAUUCCUGCCGACGACGAAUAUCCUAAAGAAGCAUACAGAGACCAUUGAUUAAGCCCUCACCGAAUAUAUCAUCCAAAAUAUCACACAUCCGUUGACCAUGUCCUCAAGCAGCUGAAAACUAGAAAACAUAACAAAAAAAAAAAAAUUCCUCAAGGAUUCAACAAAAAAAAGAAAAAAAAAUAUCUAUGCCCCCAAUUUCCAAUGACCCAUUUCAGUGUAGCAUGAAUUUCUGAUUUUUUAAACUUUUUUUGCGCUUCAACAUUUUUUGAUUCCCAAACACAUCGAAAUUCCAUCUCCGAAUUUCGCAUGUGACUGUAUUUAUGAAUAAAGCCAUUUGAUUGGAUAAUAGCG